CGAAGGAGAGCCAAAGCUUCGUCGUCAAAUUUGAUCAUUUGCGGAAAUCGAACCAACUUAGGAUUUAAUUCAGAAUCCAAAUGCCCAAGAUCUGCUGUUCUCGUUCCGCUACACAAGUUGUGGUAGCACAAAAAUCAAACUCGGGUAAAGGAAGAAACGGUGAAGGAAGAAUCAAGUAUGGGUUUAGUUUGAUAAAGGGGAAAUCUGACCAUUCAAUGGAGGAUUAUCAUGUUGCUAAGUUUAUGAAUUUCAAUGGCAAUGAAUUGGGGCUUUUUGCAAUCUUUGAUGGUCAUAAAGGUGAUAGUGUAGCUGCUUAUUUGCAGAAACAUCUCUUCUCUAAUAUCCUUAAAGAUGGAGAGUUCUUGGUUGAUCCUCGAAGAGCAAUUGCGAAAGCUUAUGAGAAUACAGACCAAAUGAUUUUAGCAGAUAAUAGAACGGAUUUAGAGAGUGGCGGUUCGACUGCUGUGACUGCGAUUUUGAUCAAUGGGAAAGUUUUGUGGGUAGCUAAUGUUGGCGAUUCGCGUGCUAUUGUUUCUAGUCGAGGUAAAGCAAAACAGAUGAGUGUAGAUCAUGAUCCUGAUGAUGAUACUGAGAGGAGUAUGAUUGAGAGUAAAGGUGGAUUUGUAACCAACAGACCAGGAGAUGUUCCUCGAGUGAACGGUUUGUUAGCGGUCUCUCGCGUCUUUGGUGACAAAAACCUCAAAGCAUAUUUGAACUCAGAGCCUGACAUUAAGGAUGUCACCAUUGAUAGUCACACAGAUUUUCUUAUUCUGGCUAGUGACGGUAUUUCGAAGGUGAUGUCAAACCAAGAAGCAGUUGACAUAGCUAAGAAGUUGAAAGAUCCAAAGGAAGCGGCGAGGCAAGUAGUUGCUGAAGCAUUGAAAAGAAACAGUAAGGAUGAUAUAUCUUGCAUUGUUGUCCGGUUUAGAUGAUAACCAAGAAGACGCAGCUUAUAUUGGAUUUGGAGCUUGCUUUUGCUUCACCAUGAUUAUUUUGGGGUCCGGUUUAGUUCGAUCUGGUUCUUGGUUACUUGUGCAUUUUCAAGAACAGCAGUUUAAUAGGAAUAUUAUUAUAUUAUACUAGUUUGACAAACCAGAUGAGUUAUAUCAUAAAAAUUACAUGAAAAA